UGCAGCCUCCGCUGACUUCCUCUGCUGGAAGUGGGUCAGUGGACGCGCUUCUCUACCUGCGUGCACAUGUCGGACCCCAAAGGGAACAAAACAGUCCCGACCAUGGCCAGGUUAAGCGAGCACGGGAUUCGGCUGAGCUCCAUGAGUCCUUCUUUCCUGAGCAGCAACUCCACCAGUCACACCUGGCCUUUCAGCGCCGUGGCCGAGUUAAUAGACAACGCGUCGGACCCCGGUGUGUCUGCGAAACAGAUCUGGAUCGACGUGGUGAAGGAGGGCGGUCAGCUCUGUCUGACCUUCACCGACAAUGGAAGCGGCAUGACUCCAAACAAGCUGCACAAAAUGCUCAGCUUUGGAUUUACAGAGAAGGGUUCCAGUAAGGCCAGCCAGCAGGCCAUCGGCAUGUACGGGAACGGCUUCAAGUCGGGCUCUAUGCGCCUGGGCCUCGACGCGCUCAUCUUCACCAAGAACGGCGGCUGUCAGAGUGUGGGGCUGCUGUCUCAGACCUACCUGGAGAACAUCAAAGCCCAGGCCGUCAUCGUCCCCAUCGUGCCCUUCAACCAGCUCACCAAGUCUCUCGUGGUGACCGAGGACUCCGAGGCCAGCCUGGCCGCCAUCCUCCAGCACACCAUCGUCAGCUCCAUGGAGCAGAUACAGCAACACUUUGACUCCAUUCUCUCAAAAAAAGGCACCAAAAUAUUAAUCUGGAACCUCCGCAGAGCCAAAGAUGGAAAGUCUGAAAUCGACUUUGAGACUGAUGAAAGUGACUUUCGCUUACCGGAGAUCCAGAUCGAUCAAGUGAAGCCGGGCCCGAGAAACAGUGGAUCCUUCAACGCCGAGAAGAGCAUCCCAGACAUGCAUUACAGCCUCAGGGCCUACCUCAGUAUCUUGUACCUGAAGCCACGGAUGCAGAUCAUCCUGCGGGGGAGGAAGAUUCAGGCGAAGCUGGUGUCGAAGAGGCUGAAUCACAUCGAGCACGACGUGUACAAUCCUCACUUCAGUAGAGAGAAGGUGAAGGUAACCUUCGGACUGGACCCCAAAAACAAGCAGCAAUACGGGAUCAUGAUGUACCACAAGAAUCGACUCAUCAAGGCCUACCAGAAGAUCGGCUGCCAGCUGAAGACUUCAGGUCAAAGAGCGGGAAUGGGUGUGAUCGGCGUUAUCGAGUGCAACUUUCUUAAGCCUGCUCACAACAAGCAAGACUUUGAGUACACCAAAGAGUACAGACUCACCCUCGGAGCACUGGGCCAAAAACUCAAUGACUACUGGAAAGAGGUGACGGAGAAGAAGGCCAGGGAGCGAGAGUUUUGGGCUGUCGACGCAGACGACACUGACGAGGGUCCCACGUGGUUGCAGUGUGAGGACUGCCUGAAGUGGAGGAACGUUCCCAGGGGAGUUUACAAAGUCACUCCAGAAAGCUGGAACUGCAGCCAGAACCCUAAUCCACGCCUCAGAAGCUGCUCUCUACCGGAGGAAGCAGAAGACAGCGAGGAGCUGUUGACUCCCAGCUACCAGAAGCACCACAGAAAACUAGAGCAACAGAAAAUCAGAAAACAAGAGAAGCCACUCGAGAAAAGUUCGUCCGAACCCGUCCAGCCCGUCGAUCAGUCCCAGGUUGCCGUCGAGCCAACAGCAAAGCAGUUCGAUUCGGAAGAAAACACACCUGAGAACGAUGAGACAAAAACAGAAUGCUUUCCAGAAAAUGACACAGAAGUGGAUGCUGAUGUGCAAACAAACGAUAACGCACAAACACAGCAAACCAGUGUCGUCACACAAACGCAGCAAACUGUCACUGGAGGAGACACGAGCGGCUUCGCUCCGGGUCCGACUGACCGUGAGACUCGAGUUCAGAGCCUGAAAGAGGAACAGCACUGCACAGACAUCGACGUGAAGAGGCAGGACGCGUACGGAGACGGUCUGAGUAGCAGCAAAAGGAAGUCCAGCACAUCGUUCUACUGCGCGAUAAAGAAGAGACACCUUCUGGGAAAACGGUACCUUGACGCUCAUAAUGACGCACAAAACCCGCAGCCGAGGACAGAGACGAGAACGUUUCAGACAUCAGCUUCAGAUCCAGGUCCCACUGGCUGCAGCAGCCGAGCGGAGAAUCCAGACACGGCGAAUCGAGGCCCCUCCGGCCACACCUGGGCCCAGUCGCCCUCCUCCACGGCGGCUCCGCCGAGCCGGACCGAGGGGCCGCAGCCCGGCCCCGAAGGACGCGACAGGGAGGCUAAAGCACAGCGGCUGGCUGCGCUGGAGAGAGAGGUUCUGAACCUGCGGCGUCAGCUCGGGAUGGAAAUCACAAAGACGUCUCGGGGAACGAUGACGGACGCCGACUGCAGACCAGCACUGGAACAAUGCCACAUGGGCUGCCAGACCAACGCAGCUCCGAGCUCUUCGCUGACCAGCCCGGCUCCAGCCGCAGGGCCGGCGGGGUCGGUCGUCCUGGGUCAAAGGGUCAUGUUUGACCUGAAGGAGCAGCCGGGGCCCAACAGGAUGAGGAGGGAGAUUUCAGGCAGUCAGAGCAAAUCCAGAGUCAACGAGAGCGAGGCCGACCGAGGCAGCCAGUCUGCGCAGAAGAAGCUGCAGGACAUCCGUAACAACGUGGUGGCUCUCCUCACGGCCCUGCUGCCCCACCUGGACCUGUCCGGCAUCAGCAUGGAGACCACCGAUGUGGACAACAUCCUGCAGCAGAUCAUCGAGGUCAACUCACUGAAAAUAAAACAACUAUAAACGUGUUGGGGUUUUUUGUGUGUGUUUUUCUUUAUACCGAGUGUCUUAUCUUUGACGACCCCACAUGGCGAACUAGUUUGUGAUCUGAUCAUCAGUUUCUUUUUUGCCCAUUUGGGAAAUAUUUGAAUUCACGUCUUGGUUCAUGUGGUGGAGAAAUGCUACAAAAGGGUUUUGUUUUUUUAUAAUGCAUUUGAAACUGUAAUGUAAUCUGUAAUAACUAGAAAAUUUGCGUUAGAGAGAAUUCUACUUUAUUCUCACGUUGUUUUGUAUUUCAUAAUGAUGAAACAAAGGGUUGUUUAAUGUUUCUAAUAUUAACGACCCCUCCCUCCUGAAUUAAGCUUCCUGACACACACCGGUUGUGUGUAAUAUGUUGUGUGUUGGGUGUGUUAUGGGCUCAUCAGUCCAGCAGCUGUUCAAAUAUGAAAUGUUUCUUAUUGAAAGUUCCUGUGUUGUAUGGAGUUUCACUCCAGAUUUGUGCUCUCUCCAUCACUGAUGGAAUAUUUUGUUAAGAUGUGUUUGAUUGUAUUAAUCCGUUUUUUUCCUUGUUUUCAGUAAAACUGUGAAAAUGUC